GUAACGCAGUUUGGUUAUGCUGGAUGACAGUAUACUUGCUCGAUAAGGUAAACACGCGACACAAAAUGGAAAAAACAAAGAAAUCAAAAAUUGCCAAAAAGGCAAAGGACUCUGCACUGACACUAAAGCUGGCUGCCAUGCAACGCAAACAGAAGGAAAUAGCACGCGUGCUUAGCCUAAAGCAUGAGAUUCUCUUAAAAUCUGAAGUUUCAUAUCUGCAGUACAUCGAGAUGCGCCAGGAACUGGAGCGACUGAACACGCUCAGCGACACAUUUACGCAAAAGCUAAAGAAACUAAAACAACAGGCUAAAUAGUUAACAACAACAACAGUAGAAAGUG